GGCCACUACCCUGGCGCCCCCCCCACGGCUCCCUUCCCUGCCACGUUCCAGCCGGCUCUCGGCCCCACGGCGGGCCCGGCCCCGCACCCCACACCCACCAGGACUUUCCGGCCCGUGCUCCACUUGUCGCACUCAACAGCCCCCAGCCGGGCGGCAUGCGCGGCAUCCGGGGCGCGGACUUCCAGUGCUUUCAGCAGGCGCGCGCCGUGGGGCUGGCGGGCACUUUCCGCGCCUUCCUGUCCUCGCGGCUGCAGGACCUCUACAGCAUCGUGCGCCGCGCCGACCGCACGGGCGUGCCCGUCGUCAACCUCCGGGACGAGGUGCUGUUUCCCAGCUGGGAGGCCUUGUUCUCCGGCUCCGAGGGCCAGCUGGAGCCCGGGGCCCGCGUCCUCCUCUUUCGACGGCAGAGACGUCUUGCAGCAUCCCGCCUGGCCUCAGAAGAGCGUGUGGCACGGCUCAGACCCCAGCGGGCGCCGUCUGACCGACAGCUACUGCGAGACGUGGCGGACAGAGGACGCGGCGGCGGCCGGCCAGGCCUCCUCGCUGCUGGCGGGCAGGCUGCUGGCGCAGAAGGCCGCGAGCUGCCGCAACGCCUUCAUCGUGCUCUGCAUCGAGAACAGCUUCAUGACCUCCUCCUCCAAGUAGGGGCUCUGCCGGCUCAGACAGGCAGAUGGAUGGACAGACGGCCAGGCCGGGAGGCCAGCAGCAGGGGAGCCGGGAAGCCGCCCUUAAGGAGCGUCUGCCCCUGCCCGCCCCCAGGGUGGGACCUGGCUGGCACUCUCCUGUAUGGUUCUGUGGUUCACGUUUCAUGUAACCCCCAAGAAAUAAAAGGAAACCAAAGAGUGUAUUUUUUAAAAAGUUUAAAACAAAACCUGAGCUGCUGCAGCACGCGGAACCCACCAUGGGGCCAGGUGGCUGGGCCACCCACCGAUGGGAGCAUUCGCAGGAACAAGCAGGACCUGCCUCUUGUGGGGGGCGGGGUGAAGGCAGAGUGGCCUGGUGGGCACAUGAGACCCCCCUCCCCGCCACGGGGACAGCAAGCCAGCCCGCAGUGCCCCAGCAGGCAGCGGGAUGGGGACGAGAACCAGUACUCAGGGCCACCGCCAGACAAGCCCUCGGAGUGUGGGUCACAGGGAUAUCCCACCUAG